GUAUGAUACAUGUAUGAAAAUUACGUUCUGUAUUAUUCUGUUGAAGACAAAUACACUUUCCGCAAUUGAACUAAGCAGAUCCAGAGUUGAAAAGGACAGGGCAGUAAUUUUGUUCAAGCAACAUUCCCUUUAUUCUUUAGGCCUUUAAAUACCCAAAGAAUUCCCUUGAUGUAGACGACCUUCUGUGUACUUUUUAAUUCUUUAGUAUCCUUCCCCUAGUUAUAUCUCUCCCUCUCUCCUCCACUUAGCCAUGGAAGAUGAAGCGCGAGACUCAACCUCGUCAAAGCACUCUUGUGAAAGAAAUGAACCAGUGAGAUCAAGGUGGAACCCAAAGCGGGAGCAAAUCCUAAUACUUGAGUCCAUCUUCAAUAGUGGUAUGGUAAAUCCACCAAAAGACGAGACAGUGAGAAUCAGGAAAAUCCUGGAGCAAUUUGGCGCCGUUGGAGAUGCAAACGUCUUCUAUUGGUUCCAAAACCGCCGCUCAAGGUCUCGCCGUCGUCAACGACAAAUUCAGGCGAGCCUUACUGCUGCCACCGACACUAGUGGAGGUGGAGGAGAACAAUCUGCAAGGUCUAGUACUAGCGGCGGUGCAAUUGAGUUUGUCCCCUCAUCUAUUUCGUUCCCUAUAGCUGCACCUUCCAAUUAUCUUGUUCUUGGUUCCUCCUCUUCUUCUUCUUCUUCUUGUGGAGGAGUUGUGGGAAACGCAGAUGAUGGCCUCUUCCCCUUUUCUGCUCAAAUGGGUCUUCCGGAAAUUCAGCAAAACUCUUCUGUCACUUCAAUUUUGCGCUCACCAACAGACAAUGCUGACAGCUUGCACUACCAAACCGGUAUUGCUUUCUCAAGUUCCAACGAUCAUUUGUGCAGUAUAUUGUUUUUUCAAAGCUACAAGUAACUAUUAUUGAGAAUUAAUGCUGUUGCUACUUUAGUCCAGUUUGUUUAUUUUUGAAUUUGAUAAAGACAUUGUUCUAGCAAUAAAUGGUGGCAUUUUUCUUCUUGCCCCGGAACAUC